AUGUCAACACCAGCUGCCUCCAUGGAAAACCCUACAAAUCCCAAAUUUAGCCUCAUCAGCAAUCUCCCCAUUGAACUUCUCAACUGUGUGUUUUCACACUUUUGCUCUCAUUGUCACAGUCCAGAGUCUGUCAAAUAUCCCGAGAUUCACCAUGCAUACGAAUAUGAGUUCGGAUUUGGCCCCAGGGACUUGCUAGCACUUACUCAAACCAGCAAACGCUGUCGCAGAGCCGCUAUGCCUAUACUAUUUCACCUAGUCGGCAGUGGUAUAACGACACGUUACAAGUUGCAGGUCUUGGAUCGCGAUCGAGACCUGGCACAAGACGUCAAGAUUCUACAUUUGCCAUACCAUAUGACGGACGAGUGCCGCUCGGUACUUUACAAAAUAGCUUGCAGGUUGGCUGGUACUUCGAUGUCAUUUCGCCUUGCCCUGGAGGAUCCUUAUUAUAUCCAAAUAAAUACCCUGCUGGGUUUGGCAUCUAAUUUACAGGGUUUGACCAUCGGUUUCUCUGAUGAAGGGAUAAACCUCGAUUUUUUCAGCAAGAUCCUGACGCAGCGUGGAUCUGAGUCAAGUUUCAAGAACCUCAAGUAUCUCGAACUCGAGGCGGGCGACUUUGUGACGUUCAGCACGGCCGGGCCUGGUCUAUCUCUCCUCCUACAACAAUCUCCCCAACUCGAGACCUUGGUGCUAAGAGGUGUUGAGCAAGCUGAGUUCCCAUCUUACGGUCCUGAAUUCAAUAAUCCGAAAUGCAACAUUGUUCUCCAAAAUCUCAACGAGUUGCAGAUUCAUGGAUGGUCUUUCCGAGAAGGGUGUAACGACGUGCAUCCGCUGUUUAAAAUACUUCAUAUGGCGAAAAGAUUAACAAGCUUCAAGUAUGUCAUCGAUAAGGGGCCAGGUUCGUACAGUGAAGAAAGGCCUCAAGUCCAUCACGCUGCACCCAAAACACUACUAAGAUAUCUCAACUCAGAGAAGUUACAACAGCUUCAUCUCGAUUUCAAGCUUGAAUCCACAGGACCUCAUAUCCUGGGAUUAGCAUCAUACUUUGAUCUCCGAGAUCCUCCAGCUUUUCAUUCUACAAUCAUCACAAGAGAGCAGCUCAGUCGAUUCACCAAUCUUACUUCUCUGACCCUUGAUCCCUUGUGUUUCUGUCGACACGUUUCCGAAGGUACCCUCGGUAGACAGAAGUUUAGCCAUCAAAAGACGUGCCUGACGGACCUGCUUACGCCAUCAAUCCGCGACUUGACUCUUUUAAUCAAGGGCGAUGAUAUGAGAUGGAUUUGUUGGGAUGAUAUUAUAUAUCUUGGUCAAAAGGCAAGGGAAGGGGCGUUCCCAGGGCUUCAAACAGUCAAGGCUGAAAUCCCUCUACUUGGCUCACGCUUCCGGGGAUGUUGGGAUGACGACUGGAACGAUCAACAUAUGCACAAGAUACCAAAGCCCUUUAAGACGCCGGAAGAAGAGUUCCGUGCAGCUUUUGAAGGAUCUGGUGUUGUUGCAAAGAUUGAGGGACGAUGGGGGGGCUGUCAUUGUGGGAAAUGCGAGCCUCGUGUCUAUGUCCCUUUGGAUUGCUUCGUGAUUGAAGAAAGCUAG